AGGCGACUGGCGAGAGCUCUGCUCCUCCCUCGGUCAUCCAUGGCGUCGCGCGCAGAUCACAGUCUCUUGUGUUGGAGCCCACGACCAAGUAAUGUUAUCGCUGUUAUCAUCCUGAUAAUGUUUUGUGUUGGCAGUGUCACAGGCAGUCAGUGCCAUGACGGUAACCUCACCUGUGAGAUGACCUCUCACCUGUGUAACGAGACCAGCAGCACCCCAGGCUUCGUGUGCACCUGUACCCACCUUGGCGAGCAACUGCCGCCACGCAAUAUCUGCAUCCCGAUUCCGGAAAGUCAAAAGAUUUACGUGAGCACCCUGUUGAAUAUAUCCUUCUCCUUUGUCCGCUGGAAUGACCUGAAUACUCCAGACAAAGUGAGAGAGGCGAUCCUGACCAACUACCCGCCUGACGAGGUGGAGGGGUUGGUGAGCGGGAUAUUCAUCGACACGGCUCCACUCCCGGGGCCACUCAAUUUGGGAAAACUGAAACUCUUGUACAUCCUGGUAUUUUCUGAGAAUGUGACGACACGGAUCAAGGAGAGUUUGGCGAGGCGCGUGCUGAAACUGGAGGAACUUCAGGCUGUGACGGUUAGGGGCGAGAACAUCAGCAUCAUUGACUACAUCGGUCUUUUUGACACCGAGCAGCAGCUGAAGAAUGCAAAUGCAACUAAUGAUGCCAUCGACUGGUGCUCGUCGCCCAGCCUCUUCUCGUGUCGGAACCACAGCACGUGCUUUGACCACGGUCUGCGGUACACGUGUCCUUGUAAAGUUGGUUACUAUGACAACAACAACAACGAAUGUCAAUUGACUGUACGUCUGGUGAACAGCACGGAGCCUGUAGCAGGGAGGCUGGAGUACAUGUCGGGAGGCGAGUGGAGGACCGUCUGUCAGCUGGGCUUCACGUCACUCAACGCAGAUGUGACGUGCAGGCAGCUGGGCUUACCCUCGCGGGGGGCGGUGUACUACGAUGACGCUGUGUACGGCGAGGGCACAGGUGACGUACACAUGUACCGCAUGACGUGCACCGGCCGGGAACUGGCCCUGUCCCAGUGUCCAUCAGAACCUCUACCUCCUGGUUCCUGCAACCACUCUAUGGAUGUCAGCAUUCGAUGUGAUACAGUUUGUGUGGAUGACUACCAUUUCGGACUCAACUGCUCCCAGCCGUGUGUGUGUAACGUCAGCAACACCGACGUGUGUGACCGAGACAACGGCACGUGCUACUGCAAGGCAGGCUGGGAAGGCGUGACGUGUGACGAUGACGUCGACGAGUGCAGGCAGACAGGUGCAUGUAGAGGACCGUUAGAACGAUGCCAGAACACACAGGGCAGCUUUCUCUGUCUGUGUGAGGACGAGGCUGACAGGAAUGAAGGAGGCGUGUGUACAGGUGUAAGACCUCCGUCAGAUCCAGAAGCAUCAUCGUCUGUUGGUGUCGUCCUGACUGCUGUACUUUGCAGCGUUGGUGGAGCUGCUCUGGUCGUCGUUGUUGUCAUCAUUUGUCGAGUUAUCCGGAAACGGAAAGCCAGGACAUACCUCAGUACAGGGAAAGCAGAGCUUGACGGCUACGACAAUCCGAGACACUCGGGUGGACAUGAAGAGGUCUACGACGAAAUUACUGACGAGGUGGAACUCAGUGAAGAAGGAACCAGUGACGGGUACACGCGGCCAGACUCUGUGACCGUUGAGAGCUUGCUUCUUGCCAAGGAACUGCCAGAAGGGACAGAAGACUCAAACCAUGGCUACCUGACCGUUACUGGCGACCUUUCCACAGCCAAGACAGCAGACUUCAGGUCAGACAGGCCUGAGCUGCCUCUGAGACACGUGACCGAGAUGGAGGCCGGCGAUGUCUCAGACAACACAGGACAGGUGUCGUCUCAUGAUGAUGGCUACCUGCACCCUGUCGCACCUGAGGCAGAUAAAGCAGGGAACUUGCCAGUUGACGACUACUACCUGCACCCCAUCGCAAAAGAGUCGGACAACACUGGACAAGUGUUACUUAGUGAUGACCAAUCACUUGUGGGUGAGCGGGACAGUGGCGCCUCUCUGCACCCGGUGGUUAUCCCAUAUUCAACUUCACAAACCUUCCCGAUACCUUGUGACUUAAAGGAUGACGACGGUUAUCUCCACCCGUAUGAUCCUCAGAACCAAUACAGGAAUCUGCAACAACAGAUGACGUCAGAAGCUGAGGACAUCGUCAGCCACAGCGACCUGAUAGACGACGAUAACGACAGGAAGUUAGAGCAUCCGAGUGCUUAGAACCAGACCAACCAGCUUUCGUAACUCUCGUCGUCAGGGUCGUUAAUAUAUGUCGUCAUAGGAAAUACCAACCACAACAACUAAGAGCAUGACAGAGUUCCUUCCCUAAUAUCAGCAUCGGGCCAUCAGUAUCUCCAUAACAACAAUAUCAGCGUCGAGGACACAGUAUCAGGAUCGUGGCCUCUCUCUCCAACAUUGACUAUGGCUAUAACAUCCCCAAAGAACUUUGUUGUGGGUGUUUGACCGUUGGUCGAUGUGGACAUUCCACUGCUUUUCUCGUGACUUCGACUUGUGACAUAACAAGUGGUGAGGCCAGACCUUCGUUAACAGGUGACCUGUGUAAUAACGAGUCCACGAAUGAGUCUUGGUCUUGCACUCCUCCCAGAAACCAGUGGAUUCAGUUUGUCGCCAAUGACACUAACACAAACCAAGACAGUGAAAGGGAGCAAACUACGAAACCACACGUCACUGGUGAUGUGGCUAGUCUCCCCUCCCUUGCCUCUUGGGCUUGACUGGUGAAGGGUGAGACGCUUCAUCCCCACUUCGAGCCAGAAAUUGUCAAAACCUCCGGCCACUGCCUGUCACAAAUUGCUUUCCUGAAUGUAAUUUCCAGUCACUGGAUUUGUUUCCCUCUGCCUGACCUCACAAUAUUAUUCCCAUGUUUGUCUUUCACUGUAUACACACUGCCAUCCUUCCAGAAUGUCCCCUUCCCCCUGAUUAUAAUGGAAAUAGAGUUUAUCCCACGUCAAGAGAACUAGGUGCGCGUGGUGGCUGUCGCAUGUACCGUUGAUGCUGUCGUCACGAGGAUGUCCAGCAAGAACGUCGUGUACGAUGCUC